AUGCGGCGUGCAUUGUUCAUAGCGGGGCAAACAUACUUGUGGCUUAAUUUGACACAUCUACUUUUAAUCUUUUCUUGGUCUAGUACAAUGGCUUUUUCCCAAAGUAGAAGGCUUCUUACUCCAACCGUACCCUGUCCUACUUUACUGGGCAUUGAUUUUUUAAUUCUUGUCUUGAGGCAUUUCGACGAGAUUUUCAUUUGA